AUGGAGUCGAACGCCGUUUUGAAGGAGAUCCUGUCGUCUCUGAACAGGCAGCAGAGGGUAGCGGUGCAAUUCGAUCAUGCCAAGGCUCUGCAGGUGAUUGCUGGCCCCGGGACAGGUAAAACCAAGGUGUUGACUUCCAGGGUGGCGUAUCUUCUCCUUCACCAUCGAAUCAAGCCGCAGGAUAUCAUAGUGACGACUUUCACGAACAAGGCUGCCAAGGAGAUGAUCGAGAGGUUGUCGAAGAUGCUGCAGGGAUCCGGUAUCAGGGUCUCGGAUAUCAUGAUUGGCACGUUUCACAGCGUUUGCCUGAAGAUUUUGUCGCGUUUUGGGCACAAGAUAGGACUGCGAAAGGAUUGGAGGAUAGUAGAUGAGAGCGAGAUAGACAAGAUAAUGCAGGAAAUGAUAGAAAAGAUGCCCGACUCUAUACGAGACCAAGCUAACUCAAUGGCGAGAAAAGUGAACCUCUGUCUCCCGAAAAAAGGUACGGAUGAGUGGGCUGUACAUCCAAAGGCUGUCAAGAAACAGAUCUCGCGGCUGAAAGCUUUUGCUGUCAUACCCGAGGAGUAUCAGAAAGAUAACCAUCACGAUCAAGCAUUGGCGUAUUUCUAUGAGAAGUAUCAAGCGGAGCUGAGCAAGCUUAACGCGUUGGAUUUCGAUGACCUGCUGAUGUAUGCGUUCCGCCUUUUGACUACCGAGCGUUGUCUGCCGUACAUGCAGCACGUACUCGUGGAUGAGUUCCAAGACACUAAUGGCAUACAAAUGGAUCUCAUGUUUCUGUUCGCAAAGGGGAACCACCACCUCUCGCGGGGGAUAACUGUGGUGGGAGAUCCGGACCAAAGUAUCUAUGCAUUUAGACAUGCCUUGGCUCAGAAUUUCGAAGCUAUGGCAAACAAGUGUCCGAUUGAAUGUUCGAGAGUCAUUUUGAUUGAAAAUUAUCGUUCCUCGCAAAAGAUUCUGGACACCAGCGAAACCCUUAUUAAGCAACAAUCGCGAGGCCGCGCAGAUCGGUUACCUUUACGGGCGCAAUUUGAUUGUGAAUUUGCCCCAGUGUACAUCGAUUUCCCAGCGGCAUUUUUGGAGGGCCCCUCGUUGAUAAGAGAGAUGCUUUACCUGAAGGCUCUACCGAAUCUGUUUACGUUUAAUGAUUUUGCUAUCCUUGUUCGACAGCGACGGCAAAUAAAGAGCAUAGAAACGGCGUUGAUUGAGCAUGGCAUACCAUACAAGAUAAUUCGAGGACAUGCCUUUUGGGAGCUGAAGGAAGUUGUCUCCAUGCUAAAUCUCUUGAAGUGCGUUUUCUUUGAUAAUGAACGCCACACAAUGCUAUCAGUUUUACAAUAUCCAGCCAGAGGUCUCGGAGCAGCUUCUGCGGGGAAGAUCAAAGCAAUACUCGAUGAUUAUCAAGGAACUGCCUUUCACGGCCUGAAAAAAAUCUCCGAGAAUACUUUGAAGAUAGGCAUACCAGCAAAGGCCAUGCAAGUCGUGAAAGACUUCAUCGCUAUGAUCAAUUAUUGUCAGACCUUGAGCAAGAAUCCAAACAGCACAACGUUGAAUGAUAUCUUCGAGAAGCUUUACGAGGGAUCGGGCAUGCGGCAUGAAUAUCUCUACAAUGAUGGUAAAAAGAAAUCAGAGAUACAGGGUGACGAGGACCCAAAUUAUUCAAAUCCUCGACACAAAAAUGUCAUGAUCUUGAAGAGCUAUUUCACUGGUAAUGGCAUGUCAAAGAGCUUUGAAGCCACAACCGAGGCCAAGUCGCCGCAAGAACUUUUGAAAACACGAAGCGAUAAUACUGGAUCGCAAGCUAACACGGUCAAAAACCAUAUUCGCGAUUUCUUCCUCUCCUUAAGUUUAUUCUCAACUGAGACUAGUGACGCUGGAAUGGGUAAAAAAGAUGAACAGGAAAAGAAUGGUUUUGUUACAAUUUCCACAAUUCAUGGAGCCAAAGGUUUAGAAUGGCCUGUGGUAUUUAUACCAGGCUGCGAGGAAGGUAUAAUACCGUCAAUCUUUGGAGACGAAAAAGCGCAAGAGAAUGACGAAGAUGAAGACGAAGACCAGGACCAGGAAAGCGUUGCGGGUUCAGAAAGCAGUAGAAUUGAGCAACCCGUAAGCCCGCGCAAGGCGCAGAGUUUCACUACUGAUAGUUCUCUAGACGAGGAAAGAAGAAUGUUUUUUGUUGCUCAGACCCGAGCAAAGCACUUACUUUAUCACUCCGCAGCAACUGGAGGUGGACGCUCAGAGGGUAGCCCAAGCAGAUUUCUGACCACCGAUUUGUUAGGUACAAUGACUGACCAUCAGGGACUUUUCGAUAGUGUGGAAGUGAUAAAGAAGUUCUACGUCAACCUAGGCCGGGAACCUCCCAUGGAAAGUCGUCAGUUUCAACUGACACGGCUCGUCCAGGACUAUGCCAAGUUUAUAGAAAACAGAAGGGAAAGAUUUGUCUGGAACGGCGAUUUCGUUGUGAAUAUGUUCAAGUUUGACAUAACCAAGAAUGUCCAAGCCGGUUACUCCACAAGUUUCACUACCGCUGCUGCUCAGUUGCAAUACUCUAACGGGCCCUCUUCAGACAAAUAUUCCAACGAAGGAACAGCGGAAGGCAAGACUGUUCGUACAAGUCCGAAAAAUUCAAGCUCAAAUAGGAAUACGGCGGCAAAGUCGCCCAAAAGGGCUUAUGCCCCUCCACUGAAAGAUAAAGGUGACAUUCGUUUGAUUUCUCCAACAAAGAAUAUUGCCCCAGUGUCGCCUACCGGUUCACCGGCAAAGAAACGCAGUUAUGCACCAACCUACAGGCCAUCUAGAAACGCCCCAAACGCACUUGCUUGUAAACGCAAGCUCUUUGCCCCUACUCAAGAGAAAGUACAACUCAAAAUGGAGAAAAGUCUAUCCUCAAGAGAUUUGGAAGAUUCUUUUGAUGAAAGAGCCAGUGCAUCAGAAAAAAGCUUUUCCCCUGCCAAUAAAUUUGGCUCAAAGUCUUCUUCCAAUCUCAAAGAGGAGAAUGAGAGUAAGGCUAUGAUGACUGAAUCUCUCAGCAGAAAGUCGGAAAUAGGUCGCCGAUCUAAGAGGAUGCUAUAUGCCACUCCAAUAGAUAUUUCAGGCCAAAAUACGUCGAAUAAAAUCGAUCAAUCAAAGGAAACUCCGAACAGUUCUUACUUUAGCGGGGAAGACAGUCUCAACACUACAGCAGCGGAGCUUUUGCACAAUCCUAAUGAUGUGUUGGUUGAUACCAGACCCAUCAUCGCUAGCGCCAAAACGUUGGCGGAUGCCGCAAGAAAACCCACUAAAAGCAGAGAAAGCAGAGAUACGGGCUCAUCUAACAAAGUCAAACUGGAGAGUUCAUCCAGCCAGUGCGACAUCUUCUCCCAGUUAUCAAGAGCCAAGAAAAAGACAAAAUUAAGCGACGGCGAAAUCAUCAUCAUUGACUAA